GGAAUCCAGAGCAGCAGACGCGCAGUGGAGGCUAGUGUGGUCCCUUAACGAGAAAUUCAUGCCAUCGCCGUUAAUACAACGGCCCAUUUAUUUCACACUGGAUCCGGAACAAUAAAUCCACUUAUAGAGAUCAGAGUCUGUCGAUUACAGGCCGGAAUAACGCACACUUCAUGACCUUGCAUUGAAUGUCAUAAUAGACGGAUUUCUUUUAACGCACCGACACGGUAAGGUCAUCGGCCACAGCCAUGGAGAUUGUGACACAUUUAAUUAACGACACCAUAGAGUUCUACAAAUGGACCCUAACUAUUGCAGACAAGCGAGUGGAGAAAUGGCCUCUGAUGGACAACCCUCUGCCCACGCUGGCCAUCAGCACCUCCUACCUGCUAUUCCUCUGGCUGGGGCCCAAAUACAUGAAGAACAGAGAGCCCUUCCAGCUCCGCAAAACACUCAUUGUCUACAACUUCAGCAUGGUCUUCCUCAACUUCUUCAUAUUUAAAGAGCUGUUUAUGGCAGCACGGGCGGCAAGCUACAGUUACAUCUGUCAACCAGUGGACUAUUCAGAGGACCCCAAUGAAGUCAGGGUGGCGGGAGCUCUGUGGUGGUAUUUCAUCUCUAAGGGCAUCGAGUAUCUGGACACGGUGUUUUUCAUCCUGAGGAAAAAAUUCAGCCAAGUUACUUUCUUGCAUGUCUACCACCACUGCACCAUGUUCACGCUCUGGUGGAUCGGCAUCAAAUGGGUGGCAGGAGGACAGUCAUUCUUUGGUGCACACAUGAAUGCAGCUAUUCACGUCUUGAUGUACCUGUAUUAUGGCCUGGCCUCCUGUGGACCUAAGAUCCAAAAGUACCUGUGGUGGAAGAAGUACUUGACCAUCAUCCAGAUGAUCCAGUUUCACGUCACCAUCGGCCACACAGCCCUGUCCCUCUACGUCAACUGCGAUUUCCCCCACUGGAUGCACUACUCCCUCAUCUGCUACGCCAUCACCUUCAUCAUCCUCUUCGGCAACUUCUACUACCAGACCUACCGCCGCCAGCAGCCCAGACGUGAUGCCUCCUCCUCCAAAGCAAGCAAGGCCCUCUCUAACGGGACCCUCAACGGGCUCAGCAAGGCCGCCAACGGAGCGGUGGUGACAGGAAGCAAAGAGGAGAAGCCCCAGGAGAACUCUGGGAGGAGAAAGAGGAAAGGAAGGGCUAAAAGAGAUUAGAGGAAGAGGCGCGAGAGAGGUAGAGGUGAGGUAGGGCCUUGCUUUGGGUUCUAGGUUGAUAGUGCUAAAACAUGAAAGACUUAAUUUGAGGAAGAUUUAGAUGGAUGGAUGCGUUAAAGGUGUGAUGUGUUUAUUUAAGCCAUGAUCUGAGUUGUAGAUAAAAUAUGAGACAGGCUUGUGUUGAGAGAGGAUCAUUCUGUUAGUAAGAGGUGUCAAAGGUCACAAAUAACCCAAAAUACAGUAGAGUAUGAUACGGGGUAGAUCUUAGUAUUCCCUCUCUUUAUUGUGGUGCCAAGUACUGUAGAUCUGGCUCAAAAAGUGACUUUCAGCUACUAAAAACUGAGCCUGGAGAGAAACAAAACGUCUACCAGGCCUAUUUGGCAUGCUGGGAGAGCUACAUUCUACGCGCCUGAGCUGCUUGAAAAAUAUUAUAUACCAUUCUUAUUGUUACUGCUGUAUUGAGACAGGAAUACACAUCAUUACACACAUACACAAACAUGUCAAUUUAUAUUCAAGCGUAUCAUUUUUUGUUGUUCACCUUUACAGAUAUAAAACUGAUGAUGAUGUACAGUAUCAUGUCAUUCUUGUCCUCAUCUUAAUCAAGUUGUUAUUGAUGUGACGUGAGAGAGACUUAAGUUUACAGUUCUUGUUUUACUGAAUAGACACCUCUGCAGUUAUCCACUUGUUUGUGAACAUGGAGUUGUCUUAUUUAUUCUUAUUUAUUUUGAGGUGUGGACCGAGCUGCCACUCUUGAGCUGUCACGCAUUAGCGCACAGUUACGUUCUAAUAAAGGAAAAUAAAUUAAUAUCCAAAGGUAAGAUGUACAUAGAAAUAGAAAUGAUAGAUUUCUAAUCCUUUGAAACUUGGAUGGGAUUGUAUGGAAGUUUAUUGCUGCCACGACAGAUAAAGAAAAACAGAUCAGUAUCAAGUUAAAACCUGAAAAGUUUAUUGUAAUAACAAGAUGUUUUUCCCAUAAUAAGAAUAUAUUUUCACAUUAGCAUGAAGUAAAAAUGUAUCAUGUUAUGAUAAGAAAGUUAUGACAUCAUAACAUAAAAAUUGUAUGUUAUAACAAUGUGUUGACAUGAUAACAUGAAACGUUUUAUGCUAUAAACAUUAAGUUAUCAUGUUAUAACAUGAAACAUGUUAAAAAAUACAGUUUAUCUUGAUAUUAUGUUAAACAUUUCAUAUUAUAACAAUAAGUUAUCACAUUACCAUAUGAAACAUUAACAAUAAAAAUAGUAUUAUGUUAUGACAAGAAAAGUUUCCUGUUAUAUUGUGAUAAGUUUGUAUGUUGUAAUUAUGUUAAAAUAUCUUGGUAUUAGGAGAAUUUUUCUUUCUUGCAACUUGCAAAUAACUUCACAUUAUAUCUGUUUUUAUUUUUCUGGCGUGGCAGCAAUAUGCUGCUGUAUUAUUGUUCCAUGGCUGGUUAAUGAUGUCACAUCAUCAACUGUAUAUCAUAGAAGGUUUAAAGUAAGAUUUUCUAUUUCUGUAUACAACCAUAGCAGGUUUUAUAUAGCUCUACUUGUAUGUAAUGCAAUGACAUGUAAUGAAUAUUAUCCAGAGAAAAGAUGGAUCUGAUGAUUAUCUCAAUGUUCCCCGUUUUGACAGAAAAGCUGGUGGAGUUUCGUCUUUGCAGAUGUUUAUCUGUGUUUUUAUAUUAUAUCUGACGUUGCUGUUUGUCUAACAUGCUGGUGAAAAUGUUAUGUGCCGAACAAAGAAGUGAUGAUGGAGAAUUCAAAACUAGCCAGUUUUCAUGAAGUUAACUAUAAGCCUACUCUGUUUUCUUCCAAUAUUCAAUCAAAUAUCUUUUUCCAUGUUUUCAGGCGUUAUCUGUGUCCUGAGCUGGCUUGAAUGUAAAUUUAUCAGGGGAAAAAUUUGGAUUCAAAAAUAUGAAAGUUCUGAUUUAUAUAUAAAAAGAGCUGGUGAACCUCUAUAGUGACUUUGUUUGUUAUACCACUAUGAAGAAUAACUUUGCUCUGCCUGUAGUAUAUAUCUAUAAAUCAGUGGCCGGCUCUAUAUCAACAAAUCCAGCUUUAUGUCAUCCAUUAACCAAUGCAUUUUGAUGUUAUUUAUUGUUUUGUUUUCUAUUUAUUUUGAUGUAAAUACCAAUUUUCAUCUUGCUAAGAGUGCUGUCUGUGUAUUUGUGUUCUCUUUGUGUUGUACAUAUUACAUUGUGAUAUUUUGUACACUGCGCAUUUGGGAAUGUUCCCAGCUUGUUAGCUUGGACGUUUAUAUGUCCACAUUGCUUCAGUGUUUUUUUUUUAAGUAUCAUAAAUUUGAACUCUCUUCAAAUUCAAUUAAACUGAAUGCCUGUACAAAU